GUGGGUGCAGCGGAGGACUUUCCUAUAAAAGCAGGGAUCCCGCGAACAGACGAGUUCAUCUCUGUCAGUCAUCGGCAGAAAGGAGCCGCGUUUCCCCGCGAACAGCUUCUUCAUUUCUCCCUCCACAUUUGGGAAAAUCAUCUCAACCCCAUCCAAAGGAAAUCUUAGUCUAUGGUUCUGACUGACGCUCCAACAAGGAUGUCCCGGACCGACGAGGUGCACCGUAUAACGGAGAAUGUGUACAAGUCCAUCAUGGAGCAGUUCAACCCCUGCUUGCGGAACUUCAUAGCCAUGGGAAAAAGCUAUGAGAAGGCGCUGACCAGUGUCACAUAUGCUGCAAAGGGCUACUUCGACGCUCUGGUGCGGAUGGGCGAGAUGGCCAGCGAAAGUCAAGGCUCUAAGGAUCUUGGGGAGGUGCUCUUUCAGAUGGCUGAAGUGCACAGACAGAUCCAGAUCCAGCUUGAAGAGAUGCUGAAGUCUUUCCACAACGAGCUGCUGACAGAGCUGGAGAAGAAGGUCGAGCUGGAUGCACGCUACCUGAAUGCUGCACUGAAAAAGUACCAGAUGGAGCAUAAGAGCAAAGGGGAGAGUCUGGAGAAGUGCCAGGCAGAGCUGAAGAAACUGCGCAGAAAGAGCCAAGGCAGCAAACACCCCUCUAAAUAUGGAGACAAGGAGAUGCAGUAUGUGGAGGCCAUCAGCAAUAAGCAGAGUGAGCUGGACAACUACAUCGCUGAGGGCUACAAGAAUGCUCUGUCUGAGGAGAGGAGGAGGUACUGCUUCCUGGUGGACCGUCAGUGUGCUGUGGCCAAGAACAGCAGUGCCUACCACAACAAGGGGAAGGAGCUUUUAUCCCAGAAGAUCCCAGUGUGGCAGCAGGCGUGUGCUGAGCCCAACAAACUGCCAGAUCGUGCCAUGUUUCUGGCCCAGCAGAUGAGCGGUGCAGCGGGCACCAUGGCUCCCGGUGCUCAUCAUCCAGGCAUGCCCAUCUCUGAACCCAUCCCUGGUGCUAAACCCCUGCCAGUACCUCCAGAACUGGCAGCCCUCAGGGCCAGUGGGGGUAUGGGACAGCAGAGGCUGAUGGGAGGUGUAGAAGGAGGGAUGCCGGUGAUGAACGGUACGGCCGGUGCCCACGGAGGAGAAGACUACCAGCAGUGGAUGGAGGCCAAGGUGGCCCAGGGCAAGGCCUCACCCCAGACCCAGCGGCACGGAGGGGAGGUCUAUUCCAACACCCUGCCUGUGCGUAAGGCCGCCCCAGCCAAGAGCAAGACCAUGCUGACUGAGACCCGUACACUGCCCCGGUCCAGCUCCAUGGCUGCAGGGCUGGAGAGAAAUGGGAGAACUCGUGUCCAGGCCAUCUUCUCCCACGCAGCCGGAGACAACAGCACCCUGCUCAGCUUCUCUGAGGGCGAUGUAAUAACCCUGCUGGUCCCUGAGGCCCGCGAUGGGUGGCACUAUGGAGAGAAUGAGAAGACGAGGAUGCGCGGCUGGUUUCCCUUCUCAUACACGAGGGUGAUCGCCGACGGUGAUGGUGACUCCAUGAGGCAACUUCGAGUACACAACCUCCACCAUGGGAAGAGCAGCAGCACAGGCAACCUUCUAGAGAGAGAGGACAUGGCUCUCCCCGUCCCUGAUUACGGCAUCCACUCCCGUAUGGCGGCACAGAGCGCUGCUGCGAUGCAUGGCAGACAGCAACGCCCCUACAGCGUGGCAGUGCCAGGCUUCUCACAGCAAGGAGUUGAAGAGUAUGAGCCCCGCUUCCCCACAAGUACAGGGCCUGAUUACGCCCGCUUUUGAGUGACCAAAACCCAUCCAAUGAUCCACCCAUUGAGCCGGCCGUGGAGGCCCCAGCCAAACCGCCCCUUUCCGAUGAUGAGGAGGAGGAAGUCGAGGAUGAUCACAUUGAUGAAGCUCACUAUGACUCCUUGGAGAAGGCCUCGACUCACCCAGACGACUACUGAGCUCUCCCUCAGUUUGAACCAGCUGUAGGUGGAUCACUGGUGCACAACUGCACCAUCUCCCCUCAGCAGUAAAGCUCUGAUUCAGCCACAUUAUUACAUAGUGCUACUAAAUAAUAAGAAUUAAAUAUGACCAACAAAUGAGCUGCUUCACAACAAUUCACAUUUACAGUCAUCUCUGAAUUAGUUGAGAGAUCAUGUAAAUAAGAGCUAGAAUUGAUUGUAUUUGAUCUUCUAGCAUGGAAAGCACAUUGACAACCAGAACAAUAUAGAAAUCAGGCUUUUCUCUUGAUUCUGUAGUUCUAUUUCUCACAGUUUUCGGUCAUGGUGAUGGACAGAAGUGGAGGUGUUGCAUUAUUUUCACUUUCAGAACAUAAAAGGAGCAUGUGGUGUGAAGUGAGAAGGAUAAGAUUACGUGUUCACUUGUGUGACUCACUUUCAAAGCCUGAAUUAUUGCCUCUCACAUUCUGUCACUACUCAAAGACUGAUGACUGACGGCUCCAUCCACUGCAGACUCACAGGGUCUGUAUCUGGUCUGUGAAGUCACCUGAAGAAGUCUUUGUGCUUUUAAAACUCAGCUUUCCUGUUUCUGCCUUGUCAGCAAAAGGGCUUUAACACUGGUAAGCUAAGCUGUACAUCUCAUCACGUGUCUCACCUUUUGGCCUCGCCUGUUAAUACUGCCUUCUUAAAGGGCAGGUAUGUGAAACAGAAAUGUCUGUUAAAAAAAGUGUCUGAAUGAAGGGGGAUAAUCUAAAGUACGACAGGUCAGAUGUUUGGGGAGAAAAAAAAAACUGAAUCACACCAGAGAAAAUAGACUAUACAGAAAAUCAACAGUAUCUGUGGAAUAAAUUUGUGCUGAGCGAUAGCUUCAAAACUGAUAAGCACACUACUCAUAGUACUGUAUCUUCAACGUAUUCUAUAUUCACAAGAAAUCUUAUAUUCUGUAAUAUUAGUUAUAAGCAGCUCUGCAGGUGUUUGUACCUACAGUAAUGAUGUACUGUACUGGUUCUCACAUUUCAUUGAUUCAUUUUUGAAUAAUAUUAUUCUUGUGAACAAGCAGUUUGUAAGAUCUUCUUAAAGCAACAUUAAUACAAUCAACAGGAGAAAAACUUUGUGAUUACAUUUUGUUUAAGAUAACUAUGACUGAUGAGAGAAACAGAGUUACACUAAUAUAGGCCAUUAUCGGUUGGUCUGAGCUGAUAUUGGAUUUUCUUUAAAAUCAAAGGUAUGAGAAUUGAUGAGAGUUUUCUGCCUCCACAUUCUUUUAAAUUUAGUUUUUGUUUUGUUUUUUGCUUUGCUUUCCAUUUACCUUAAUGAUUACAGGGGUGGAGGUUGAAAUCAGAGCCAGGCAGUUUAUCUCAAAACCUGGACAACUGUCUGCUUUGUGAACUAUAGGUAAGUGAGAAAAUCUGUUCUUUCUUAAUCUGGGUGAACCUCCUCUUUCAUUUGCUGUCAGCCUGAUGGAGGCACAGCUAUGCAACAUAAUGUUAUAUUGAUUUGUAACUUUUGGUUGAGAGUUUUAGUUUCCCUCUAAUUUCUCUGCAUAACCCAUAGAAUAAGGACAAAAUCUGAAAGGUAAAUUUUAAAAAUGCACAUGAUUAUAAAAAUGAUUCAGACAUUUAAAAGUAAGAUCUGAAUGUCUGAAUAUUUGCUGCAUACAACCAGUGUUGGCAGUGUAAAGUUUUCAGUCUCACAAAACUUUCACAACUUGCUUUGCAGGUAGGACACUGUCAUGCUUUAAGUGCAAUGUGCCUGAGAAUUCAUCUCAUUAUAAUCAGUUUCUACUCAUGAACAGUUAGUGCUUCAUUAGGUUCAGGAUAUUUAGAGCAAACACUUUAAACCUUGUGUGGGGGCAAAGUAUGAAAGCACUGGUUUCUAUGGGCUGGAGGGUUCAAGUCUGUUAACAUCAGACCACAUCCAUCAUCAUGGCCAGGUGACCUCCAGCAACAAUGACUACACCUAAGUGAGUGCGUGGUCUGAAGCAGGUGGUGCCAGUGGAUUUGUCGUGUGUCCACUUUUGUUUUAUGGCGGAGAAAAGGUGGCAGCGUCUGGAAACCAGCAAGGACUGUAGCCUCGUGCUUGGUCUCGCUUUGCUCUGGGUCUUAGGGUUCCGGAUGCUGCAGAACUGAACUUUGUGAAACUCUACAGGUCAUGUUGCGGCCGCAGGAUGGCGGGUUUUGCACGGGGCACUGUGGUACCAGCCGCAUCACAGAUGUGGUCUUGGGUCUGGUCAGACAUUUAACAGAUUUUAACUCAGAGGCCAGUGCAGUUAUGUCUUCUCUCUUCUCAAAGUCUACUGGUAUUUAAACUGAUAAAACCUUUAUUGGUGUAACUCUAAGUGACACAUGAUGUAUGUACGACACUCAAAACUGUAUCCUUAUGUGAUAUGAUGGCGAA